AUCAGGAGGAUUGUGCCCGGAGAGAAUCGUCUCAGCAAGGGCUUCGCGAGGAAGUAGCCGAAAGUGUUUGAGUAUUUCUCGAGAAGUUUGACCAUGUUGCUUGCAUCUAACGUGCUCUAAGGACUCACUAAGAGAUAAACGAAGAUUCAGAAAGGAUAACAAAGCGUGUCGUCGUCGCGGAUAAAAGAGAUGCGAUCAGACGACAGUCACUGCUGAGAGUCCGAGCGUACGAUGCAGUCCAUUUAUUGGACUGGGAGGCUGCUGUCUCGAGCGAUCUGGAAUGGACUUUCGAAUUACUCAGCCUGUGCCGAGCCGAGUAUCAGCAAGCGACGUGAGGCUUCAUUUGUGUCAGCUGUAUGCGGUUUCCCAAAGGAUUUUGCACGAGGACGAAUUCGCAAAGGACAAUUCGGCGACGACGCCUGGUUCAGUGCCAAAUUCAAGGCUGUCGAAGUAAUUGGCGUAGCGGACGGUGUGGGAGGUUGGCGCCAUUAUGGAAUCGACCCUGGUGAAUUUUCCAACUUCCUGAUGCGAACCUGCGAACGGCUGGUAUCCAUGGGUCGAUUCAAACCUUCAGAACCGGCUGGUCUACUGGCACGUAGUUACUACGAAUUACUAGAAAAUAAACAACCAAUAUUAGGUAGCAGCACAGCUUGUGUAAUUGUACUGAAUAAAGAAACGAGUAGCAUUUACGCAGCUAACAUAGGUGACAGCGGUUUCGUAGUGGUUCGCAAAGGCGAAGUGGUGCACAGAUCCUCGGAGCAACAGCACUACUUUAACACUCCGUUUCAAUUAUCUCUACCACCACCAGGUCAUUCCGGCCUGGUACUUAGUGAUAGUCCAGAGUCAGCGGACACGUCAAGCUUUGGCGUUGAGGAUGGCGACGUUAUCCUGCUGGCGACCGAUGGCGUUUUUGACAACGUUCCUGACCAACUCCUAGUCACGGAAAUGAGAAAGAUCGAGGGUGAGAGAGAUCCCACCAAGAUACAGGGCGUCGCAAAUUCGAUAGCCUGGAUGGCAAGGAGUCUCGCCUUUGACGGAGCUUUCAUGUCUCCUUUCGCACAGAGCGCCAGAGAAAACGGGAUAGACGCUUUAGGAGGUAAGCCGGACGACAUCACGGUGCUUUUAGCGACAGUGGCGAUAUAAAUGAUUUAGUAAUUAAAAAAAAAAAAGAAAAAAAGUUGAAGCUAUUAAUGAAGGU